AUGAACAUCUUCUACUCAUUAGUGUGUUACUUUAAAGUAUUUCUCCUAUUUUUUGCAGAUUACACUAAUGCAGAAAGAUCCAAAUUUUUAUUUGAGCACCCAGAGCUUCCAUCAAAUGAAUUUCAGUUAAGGAAUAGUUCCUUUUGGGAGCCAUUCGAAGGAUAUGAUGGAACACACAAGAUAUUUGGUGAAAGUUGGAUCAGUUCAAACUAUACCAAUAAAAAGAACAAUAAACAAAAUUUUCCAAGCAGAUGGACUCUAGCUAGUGCCAAGAAACUACCUGGUUUUAUAAAUGAUACGUCUUUGACAUUGAAGGAUAAAGGCGAAUAUGCAAUGAUCGGUCAUAGAUUAGAUAAACCAAUCAAAUUAGAUGGUUCUAAUACUUUAGUUAUACAGUAUGAGGUUAAAUUACAAGAUGAAUUAAAAUGUGGUGGUGCAUUCAUAAAAUUAUUCCCUAAAAUGAUGAAAGAAGACCUUUUAAAUUACAACUUAGGAAAUAUACAACAAAAGCAUAAUCAAAUAAUAUUUGGACCUGAUAAGUGUAUUCCAAACUUUAACGGACUUAGAUUUGGAUUAAAUAGAAAGAAUCCAUUCACAGAAGAAUACGAAUUAAGACAGUUGAAAUAUCCUCCAAUUUCUAAAUUGGACAACGAAUUCAAAACACAUUUAUAUACACUAAUUCUUGAUAGUACAAAUCAAUUAUUCGAAGUAAGAAUUGAUGGUAAAGUAUACACUGCAGGAAAUCUGAACGAUGAAGAACUGUUUUCACCAGGUUUUGGUAGUCCCAAAUUUAUUUAUGAUUAUGAAUCAGAAAAACCGGAAGAUUGGGAUGAUAGAAUUCUAAUUCCCGAUCCCUCAGCAGUAAAACCAGAGGAUUGGGAUGAAGAAGCACCAUACAAAAUCAUUGAACCAGAUGCACAAAAACCUGAAGAGUGGGACGAAUCUAUUUCAGAGUACAUAUCGGAUCCAAACAGAUCAGAACCAAGUUGGUGGAAUGAAGAAGUUGAUGGGGAAUGGGUUGCUCCGACUAUAAAAAAUCCAUCAUGUUAUACCAAAUCUGGAUGCGGUGAAUGGAAACCUAAAAUGGUCAAAAACAAGAAUUAUAAAGGUAAAUGGAAUCAACCAAUGAUUGAAAAUGAAAAUUAUAUGGGAGAAUGGAUCCCAAAACUGGUUGAAAACCCUUGGUAUUAUGAAGAUCUUACUCCUAGCAUAUUUGAAGAAGAGAUAGGUACAAUUGUCUUUGAAUUUUUCAGUGGGUCUACUAACAUGAUGUUUGACAAUGUAUAUAUUGGUGAAUCUAUUUCAGAAGCUGAACAGAUAGGAAAUUCUACGUUUCUACCCAAAAGCAAAUUAGAAUCAAAAGAGUUUAUGUUAAUGAAUCAGAAAAUAUUAGACAAAUCGAGACAACCUCUCGAUCCAAACGACAAUUAUGAAAGUGAAUCUUCACCUGAUAAUUUAUUUGAUAUAUUUUUUGAUUAUAUUUUCAGUAGGAUUGAAAAUGGAGAAAUCAACUUUAUGCAUAUAGCGUCAACUAUUUUUGUUAUCAUUUUAAUGGCAUUAUUUUCUCAAUUGCUCAAUAAAACAACUGAAUCCAUCGAGGAACAGGAAGAUAACACAGAGAUAAUAAAUGAAAAGGAAAAUAUAGCUAUAAAAGAGAACCCACUAAAAAUAAGAAAAAAAUGA